AUUGGCAGAUGGCAUAGCUCUUCGAGGCACAGUGGUCCACUCCAGGAUUCUAUUCUCUCCAGCCAGUCUUCACUACUCAGGUUUCUGAAGCAGCCAUGGCAACAGUACCUGAACCCACCAGUGAAAUGAUGUCUUACUACUACAGUGACAACGAGAAUGACCUAUUCUUUGAGGCUGAUGGCCCCAGAAAGAUGAAGUGCUGCUUCCAAGACCUGAACAACAGCUCUCUGGAAGAUGAGGGCAUCCAGCUACACAUCUCUCACCAGCUCCAUAACAAGAGUCUGAAGCAUUUCGUGUCAGUCGUUGUGGCUUUGGAGAAGCUGAAGAAGAUAUCUUUACCUUGCUCACAGCCCCUCCAGGAUGAUGACCUGAAGAACAUCUUUUGCUGCAUCUUUGAAGAAGAACCCAUCGUCUGUGAAGUGUAUGAUGAUGAUGCCUUUGUGUGUGAUGCACACCUGCAAUCGCUGGACUGCAAAUUCCGGGACAUAAGCCAAAAAUCCCUGGUGCUGUAUAACUCAUGUGAGCUUCGGGCUCUCCACCUCAAUGGGAGUAGUGUGAACCAACAAGCGGUGUUCCGAAUGAGCUUUGUGCAAGGGGAUGAAAAUAGUAACAAGAUACCUGUGACCUUGUGCAUCAAAGAAAAGAAUCUGUACCUGUCCUGUGUGAUGAAAGAUGGGAAGCCCACCCUGCAGCUAGAGAUGUUAGACCCCAGAGUUUACCCAAAGAAGAAGAUGGAAAAGCGAUUUGUCUUCAACAAGACAGAAAUCAAGAAAACCUUGGAAUUUGAGUCUUCCCAGUUCCCCAACUGGUAUAUCAGCACCUCUAAAGCAGAAGCAAUGCCUGUCUUCUUGGGAAAUACCAAAGGUGGUCAGGAUAUAAUUGACUUCACCAUGGAACCCUCUUCCUAGCGACCUGUAUCCAGAGAGUCCACAAGUGCUGAGUAACCCUUAGUGCCAGUGGAAGGGGAAUAGAAGGGUUUAAACAUGGCCUCAAGCGGAACUUCACUAUCUAAUCAGUGCACACUUCACUUCAUUAUCUAAUCGGUGCACAGCUGCCUUCCCUAAAUCACUGCUAAGAAGACCUCCUGCCUACCAACCAGAUGGAAUAACCCCCUCUUCCCAGGGCCAAUCCUUAGACCCCCUCUGCUGAGUCAGGUCCCUCUCAUCUCUUCUACUCACUCGAAGCCAGCCUGACAGAGGCCAUUACACCUUAGGUUCAAAGAAAC